CCACGGAGAGGAUUAGGAGGCGGCUCGGGCUUCCCGGCUUGUGUGGGCGCCAGAAAGCGGAACCGCCCUGGCCAGUCGCGCGGUGGUCACCCUCUCGGGAGCUGGGGAGGAGGCUGUCGAGGCUGGCCCGGCUCCUUCGGGCGCCGCUCCCCGGACCGGGUGCGAGGCGUCCUCCUGCGCGUCUGUUUCGGGUCCUCCCGCGCCCGUGUUCGCAGUCCCCGCCUGCCGGGUCGCGGCGCCGCCUCGGGCGCGGGUGCAGGCGCGCGGCGCGCAGGCUGGGGGCGCUGUGGCCUUGGCGCGGGGACCGAGCCGCCCGGCCGGACCCGCCUCUUUUCCCUCCCCGCCCGCCCGCCCGCCCCCCACGCGUCGUGUCGCCGGGAAGCCGGGCGGAGACAGAGCGCUUGGGAUCCACGGCGCUCGGACCGCUGUCCUCCAAUCGCGUGGGGCAGAGCGGCUGGCGCCGCCGGAGCGCGGAGCCACGACCCUCCCCGGCCGCCUUUGUCUGCUAGCCGUGCAGCCCGGAACCGCCACUCUCCGGGGCCGGGGACGCGCCCGCAGCUGUCGGUGACAGCUCCUCCCUACCGCCACCCUCCGGGGCGAAGGGGCGGUCGGGCCCGGCCCUGCUCGCCCGCGCCCGCAAGCCCGCACGCCCGCGCUCGCGGAUCGAUGCCCCCGCAGCAGGGGGACCCCGCGUUCCCCGACCGCUGCGAGGCGCCUCCGGUGCCGCCGCGUCGGGAGCGCGGGGGACGCGGGGGACGCGGGCCUGGGGAGCCGGGGGGCCGAGGGCGCGCGGGGGGUGCCGAGGGGCGCGGCGUCAAGUGCGUGCUGGUCGGCGACGGUGCGGUGGGCAAAACGAGCCUGGUGGUGAGCUACACCACCAACGGCUACCCCACCGAGUACAUCCCCACUGCCUUCGACAACUUCUCCGCGGUGGUGUCUGUGGAUGGGCGGCCCGUGAGACUCCAACUCUGUGACACUGCCGGACAGGAUGAAUUUGACAAGCUGAGGCCUCUUUGCUAUACCAACACAGACAUCUUUCUCCUCUGCUUUAGUGUUGUGAGCCCCUCAUCCUUCCAGAAUGUCAGUGAGAAAUGGGUGCCGGAGAUUCGAUGCCACUGUCCCAAAGCCCCCAUCAUCCUAGUUGGAACGCAGUCGGAUCUCAGAGAAGACGUCAAAAUCCUCAUUGAGUUGGACAAAUGCAAAGAAAAGCCAGUGCCUGAAGAGGCAGCUAAGCUGUGCGCUGAGGAAAUCAAAGCCGCCUCCUACAUCGAGUGUUCAGCCUUGACUCAAAAAAACCUCAAAGAGGUCUUUGAUGCAGCCAUCGUCGCUGGCAUUCAAUACUCGGACACUCAGCAACAGCCAAAGAAGUCUAAAAGCAGGACUCCAGAUAAAAUGAAAAACCUCUCCAAGUCCUGGUGGAAGAAGUACUGCUGUUUCGUAUGAUGCUGGCAAGACACCCAGAAAGGCUAUUUUCAGAUGAAAUCGAUAUUAGUGGCUAUAUUAGCUGAAACAACUUCUUUUACUGUGUAGAACCUAUAUCGAGAGUGUGUGUUUAUGUAUUAUAGGAGGAGCUCUCAAUUUUAUGUAUUCUUUCUUGCCUUUAAUUUUCUUGUUGUUUGUUUGAGCUUAGGGAUGAAAUACUUAUGCAAGAUAUUUUUGAAGUAAAUUAAAAUUUUUUCACAUCUCUGGAAAGUUAGAGUUCUAGACCUCUGGUUAAUUUAUAUCUAAUAUGAAGAAGACACCUCAAAUCUGGAUGUCAAGAAUGAAGCUCUGCUACAUUAUAAUGUACAGAAGAGCAAAAGGGAGGAACGCUAUGGUUAACCCUCUCUUGAUUAAGGGCUACUUAAUGCACAGUGCAUUAUGUACACAGGUCAACCAUGGUAAGAACAGUUCUUAGCUUUGAAAUUCCAUGCAAACCAUGCCUUUUUUUUUUUUUUUUUUUUUUUAAAGGAGCAAAAAUCUGGGAAAUAAAUGAGAGACCUCUGCCUACAAAACCUCAAACCAGUCACUUUUGUCAUUUGCUAAUACCCAUUGCUUAUGAUUUAAAAACAACGGGCAAAAAACAUCCCACUGACUCUGGCACUGUGUAGACAAAAAAGGAGACUUGCUGAUUGGGACUUUUCUUUCUUAGACCAGUUGUGUUGACACAUACGAACAUAGGCAAAGUGCUGUGUGGAGGAAAGCAAGUGUUAGUCGGGAGUUCUCAUGUUUUAGGGAGUGGUUCCUGUGGAGAUCAGAAAGUGACAUUUGCUUUCGGUACUGUAACACAUGCACCAAGCUGCCUCCAUCCUAGGUAACAACGGCAACAGGGAGCACCUAUCUGGAUUGUUUUUAAACUUCCAUACUCAAGCUGUCUCUUCGGCAGGGAGGUGAAUACUCUUGAAAGGCCAACAGCAAAUGUCUGUGGGACACAACACAGAUCAUUUUUUCUUAAGUCAGCCAAGAUGUACUUCUCUGUGUGCACACCCACGCACACUCAUGCACACAGAUACAUAGGUCUGUAUGGCUGUCUUUGCUGUUGAUUCAGACUUUUACACAGUUAAUGGGGAAAGCAUGGCCACAAACACAGAUGUUAGGGAAGCUUGGCUUCCUCUUUUUGUUGACACUUUUUUGAACCAACAUCUUUUUUAUUAUAUUCAGAGUAUGUUUUUAAGUGUAUCUUAAUAUAUAUUUUUGAGGACAUCUUAAAACUAAACAAAAAAUAAAAUGAACAUCUCUUGAAACCUGUCAAAACAACCAGUUAAAGCCACAGAUGGCUUUCAGGGCAGUAGCAGCAGACGCCAGCGGACUCUGAGGACUCCUGAGGGGCGGGGCGUGUGGCCAGCCAGGUGCAUGUCGGGACCCUGGCCCCCAUGCUUGGCUGCUUCCUGUGACAGUGAAAUACAUCCUUCAAGGUGGCAGCUUUUAGGGCUGAAUCUUCUGGAGAAAAUGUGCCAUCUCAGGAGAGUAGUUUUUACUCUGGUAGGAAUGCUUCCGAGACACCACAAGGCAGCCUAAACACUCUGAGUUAACAGUGUCGGGCUUGCGGUGGGUGAACCAGAGCCACCAAAGUCACUUCCACAACUAACGAGGGAAAUCUGUAAAGCCAGUUAGAUAGAAGAGUUUUAUUUUUCUGUGGGUUUUGUGUUGUCUUUUUUAUAUUAAAAAGAAAUCCAGUUUGUGUUUUUCUAUAGAAAAAGUAAAAGUUCAGGUUAUACUUUAGGUUAGGGGUUCUCUUUAUUCCUGUUAGUAAAUAAAAUUAACAAAUUUCUUUGUUUAACAAAAGAUUAAUCUUUAAACCACUAAAAUACAUAGACUGUUAACUAUUGAUUAUUCAACACAUUGGAAUUGAUGUCGGUCAUAGUUUCCUGGAGCAUUUAGUUACAACCUGAAGGAAUAAAAUGAUUUGUGGAAAAGCUUAAAAUAGACCUAAUCGUAUACAGUCUCAUCUUGCCGUGCCUGGCUUACCUAUCUGUGGAAAGCUAGGCUUCCCAGGCUGGGCUCUGCCUGUCUGGUGUCCAGAGGUGUGGGAGGGAAGAUGAGUUAUUUAACUGGUAAACGAUUUGAAACACUAUUUUUAUAUUAAAGUAAAUAGCAUGGAGUAUAGUGCGAAUUCAUUUUUAAGAUAGAACACAACACUUGAAAGAAGUUUUAUGCAUGUGACAGUAUAUGGGGCUGCAGUUGGUCUCCCUGGAGGGGCCUUCCACACCUCCUGCCUUUAGGCCACGGGUGGAAAGUGCUUAGUGAAGCACACCUGUGUGGCCCAGUUCUGAAAGCUUUAUGCAAACAGUUGAAUUUUAACUGGGGUUGAUAACUCCUUGGACUGUUAGUGUUAAAAAUCUAGUGGGUUGACCUUUAAAUGCAACAGUUUUUAAAAUAUAUUGCUGCAUUUUAUAGAAUAGUAAAGGUACGAUUAUACUUGAGAUUUUCCUCCAUUUUUUUUUAUUUGUGAACAUAGUUUGGGGCCGAAAAUGUUUUUAAAGUAUGUGCUUGAGUUAAAUAUAAAGUUGGUUUGCUUCAAAGCUAAAAAAUUGUUAAAUUUGCAGCUUGGUAUUGCAGAGAAGAUUUUAUAAAAAUUUUGCUUUAGAGAAUGCCACUUUGGCUGAACUACAAGUGUAGGCCACCGUUAUAAUUUAAAAAUACAGCAUACUUCAAAACUGUUUUCUCUUGUUACCAUGUAUGUAUAAAUGGACCUUUUAUAACCUUGUUCUGUGCUUGACAGACUCAAGAGAAACUACCCAGGUAUUACACAAGCCAAAAUGGGAGCAAGGCUUUCUCUCCAGACUAUCGUAACCUGGUGCCUUACCAAGUUGUGCUUUUCUGUUUUCAAGUGUAAACGAUGUUGAGCAGAAUGUUGUACUUGAAAAUGCUAUAAAUGAGAUGGUAUGAAAUAAAUUCUGACCUAUGGAAAUAA